CUUAUUUGUUUUAAUAAUUUUUCAAGGCCAAUCACUGAUCAACUCUCUCGCAGCUUUUGCUUUUACCAGUCAAAAUUUCGCGUAUUAGCAAAAUAGUGUCUCUUUUCUUCUUCCGUACACUCUCUUCUCAAAAUUAGGCGUCUCCAGUUUGUCGGUUAUUUAAGCUUUUUGAUUGGAGAAAUUUAUCAGAAUGGCUGGUGGUAGGGUUGCUCAUGCUACCUUAAAGGGCCCGAGCGUUGUUAAGGAGCUUUGUAUUGGUUUCGCACUUGGCUUGGUUGCCGGUGGUUUUUGGAAGAUGCAUCACUGGAAUGAGCAGAGGAAAGUUAGAGCGUUUUAUGAUUUGCUUGAGAAAGGCGAGAUCAGUGUUGUUGCAGAAGAGUGAAAUUCUUCAUGCAAAUUCAGUCAUCAUGAUUUUGUAUGCACAGCUUCAGCGGUAAAAUGCCGCUCAACUUUGAUCUGUUGCCCUCUUUUUAGCAUUGUCUUUUUCAAAAUAAUGUUUCUGUUAAUGAGUGUUUGCUCUUUUUCCUUUUCGUACAAUAUGAUGCGAUUGCUAUUUUGUGUUUUUCAUAUUGCGUUACAGCACCAAAUGUAUAGAAGCUCUAUGUUGCACAAAAACUUAUCAAUUCUUAUUCGAUAUUUCUGUUUAUGGUAA